AAGAAACCUAUCAACUCUGUUCAUCAACAUCAUCAUUCGAGUGUUUUCUGUUCUGCUUUGUUAUGGUUACGUAAUUAAUGAAGUGGAUGAACAGAAAAUGAAAAAAUUCUUACUAAUUAACUACUUUACGGGCUAAAUUUUUUAGAAAAAAUUUUGCGUAGCAUUAUUAAAUUUUUAAAAGAGAGCAGAUCGUUAAAUUUUAAUUCACAUCCUUUUAAUUUCAAGAUAUGGGGAAGUGUAUCCAGCGAUUGAUGUUAUCUGAUAUAUAUAUAAAUCAUAUAGUUGUGUAUUAAAUAAUAAUAAAUUGAUUAUAUUUUGAAAAAAAAAAACAUGAACGUUCAUCAUCAUUGGGAAUCACCAGUAUAUUGUUUUUUGGAAAAUAGAUAAUUUUAAAAAUUUUUCUAAGUGGCAGUAAGUAAGCUGAUUUACUUCUUAAUCUUCUUCACAUAUCAAGACUAGUAACAGAACGUGUCACUUGCACUAAGGAUGGAUUCACAUAUUGAAUCUACUCGAGGUUCUUCUCGUAAGAGAAAAAUGACUGAUGUUAUUGAAGGUUCUGAAUUGGAUUCAGAUUCCAAGUCACAACGACAUGAUCCUGAAGAUCAAACUAAGAAACAAAAUCACAGUGAAAUAGAAAAAAGGAGACGUGAUAAAAUGAAUACUUAUAUAACUGAAUUGUCAUCAAUAGUACCAAUGUGUAAUGCCAUGUCUAGGAAAUUGGAUAAACUCACAGUUUUACGCAUGGCUGUACAACAUAUGAAAACUCUGAGGGGAUCAAUCAAUUCCUAUGCUGAAGGUUUGUAUAAGCCCUCUUUCUUAUCAGAUGAAGAACUAAAGCAUUUAAUCUUGAGAGCUGCAGAAGGCUUCCUUUUCGUUGUUAGCUGUGACCGCGGUCGUAUGCUUUUUGUCUCUGAAUCUGUGUCUCAAGUUUUGCAUUAUUCUCAGAAUGAUCUUUUAGGGCAAAGCUGGUUUGAUAUUUUGCACCCAAAAGAUGUUGCGAAAGUAAAAGAACAAUUGUCAUCUUCUGACCUUGUUCCCAAAGAAAGGUUGAUUGAUGCAAAAACCAUGAUGCCUGUAAAAACUGAUAUUCCUCAAACUCAAGUGCGCCUUUGUCCUGGUGCCAGGCGUUCCUUUUUUUGUCGAAUGAAAUGCAAAGUUUCAUCAUCUGUGAAGGAAGAGGCAGAUACUACAACAGGGCUUAACAGGAAGCGUAAAUCUCAUCAUUCUGAUCGUAAAUACUGUGUGAUACGGUGUACAGGUUAUUUGAAAUCAUGGGCACCAGCCAACCUCAGCCUAGAUUUAGAUAAUGAUGUUGACAGUGACUGUAAUUUAAGUUGUUUGGUUGCUAUUGGACAAGUUCAGCAUUGUUUAUCCAAUCCUAUUCCAAAAGAUGGAAUUGAAGUAAGAUCUAUGGAAUUCACGUCACGUCAUGCUGUGGAUGGAAAAUUUCUCUUUGUUGAUCAAAGAGUAUUUUUAAUUCUUGGUUAUUUACCUCAAGAACUGCAAGGUACAUCUUGUUAUGAAUAUUUCCAUCAAGACGAUAUCAUGCACCUAGCUGAUUUCCAUAGGCAAGUUCUGCAAUGUCAAGAGAGUUUGGCCUCCAAAGUCUACAGAUUUCGUCGAAAAGAAGGAAAUUUUGCUUUCCUUACCAGUAAAUGGAAGAUAUUUCGAAAUCCAUGGACUAAAGAAUUAGAAUAUAUAAUAUCUGUAAACACUCUAGUGCCUGUUCUUGAGACAGGCCUUGUUGAAAGUUCAAACAGUGCUCGUGAUGACAUAAUGAACAGCAACUCUAACAGUUUAGAUGCCGUUCUAUCAUAUUUACCAUCAGGAGGAAACAUUGGAGAUACUUCUAGAAUUUUAGGCACAAAAGUUGGAGCUGGCAAAAUUGGCCGUCAAAUUGCUGAAGAAGUACUAGAGAGACAAAAAAGCAACGAAACACCUCAAACAAGUAGUAUAAAUUCGUAUUUUAAUGCUGAACCUUUUGUAGCCCAUCCAUUUAUGAUAGAUUCAGAACGAGAUAAGAGCUAUUCUCCACGGAAUAUGUUUAUGAAAAGGGAUCUUUCUUCAGCCUUUGAUGGAGAUUUGUUAAUGAGUUCUCCUUCUUCAACCAGUACUUCGUCCCAGUACAUACCUCCAGUUCACAAUCAAGUUCCUAUGUCGGAACCUGUUUCUCUUUCUGGCAUGGAUGCUGUCAUUGGUCGUGAUAUGUUACAGGCCUCCUAUCAAAGCAAUACCAGUGAAGGUAAUGAUGAAGCUGCCAUGGCCGUAAUAAUGAGUCUUUUGGAAGCUGAUGCUGGGUUAGGAGGUCCAGUUGAUUUUAGUGGCUUACCUUGGCCAUUGCCAUAACUUCCAAUUAAGUGAUACUUUGUAAAUGUUAGUUUUUGUUAAUAUCAUACAGUCUGCCCCACUUAAAGCCCUAUUCCACGGUAAUAAAAUGAGCAGGUAAUUCUACUAUCCUAAGAGUAUCUUAGUUAAAUAUUUUAACACUACAAAUUUUUAAUAUCAAAUGGUACACUUUAUAAUGUUCCCAAUUUAUAGCAAAUGUGACUUCAAUUGUAUAUUGGUUUCUAAUAAUUAAAAAUUAUAAUUAGGACUAUUACUUUCAAGCAAUUCCAUCAUUUACGAAUGUCAUACUUGCAGACCUUCAAAUGCAUGCAAUUGAGUUUUUAAAAAAAAUCAAGGAGUUCUUAUAAUUUUUGUUAAAGCAAUUUUUAGUGUUAUUUAUUUAUACAU